AUGUUUGCUUUUCGCACAGCCGCCAAGCGCGCUCUCCUGCUGCGGCCUGCUCCCCUUGUUGCCAAAGCGUCUAGAUCACACCGCAGCCUGGCCACGCUCUCGCUGCCCAAGCACGUAGCGGCGCCCCGUUCGCUCCGGUACCGUGGUCUGCAAACAUCGCCGGCCCUCGCAAAGACCAUCAGCUACAACCUGGCUGACAUCGGCGAGGGCAUCACAGAGUGCGAGAUCAUCCAGUGGUUCGUGAAGCCUGGCGAUAAGGUCGCGCAGUUUGACAAGAUCUGCGAGGUCGCGUCCGACAAGGCCACAGUAGAGAUCACGUCAAGGUACGAUGGCGAGGUGGUCAAGCUGUACUACAGCGACAACGAGAUCGCGCUGGUCGGCAAGCCGCUCGUUGAUAUCAAAAUGGACGGCGAGGGCCCUGCCGAGGCUAGCGUAGAGGAGGCGGCAGCCGAGGAGACCGCCGCCGAGAAGCAGCCCAGCCAGGCGGCUCCCAGCACACCUGUGGAUCAGCCGACGCAGACGGCUUCGGCGCAGCCGCACGACUAUUCGGCCUCUCGCACCAACGACGUCGUGUAUGCUACGCCGGCUGUGCGUCGAAUUGCGCGUGAGCACAGCGUUGAUCUGAAGUUUGUCCCAGGCACCGGUAAGGAGGGCCGGAUCCUAAAGGACGAUGUGCUCCGGUUCGUCAACAACGGUCCUCCUGCAGUGCCUACUGCAGCCCAGACGCCGGGUGCCCCGACUCCCGGCGCCAUCCAGACAUCCCCCUCAGCCACGUCCUCGCAUGCGCCGCUCUCCAGUGCGUCGGCUGUGGUCACUGGGACCGACCGCGAGCAGUCGCUGACGCCGAUCCAGCGAGCCAUGUUCAAGAGCAUGACUGAGUCGCUGGGCAUCCCGCAUUUCCGGUUCAAGGACGAGAUCGAGCUGGAUGCGCUGAUGCAGGCACGCACGCGCAUCAACAGCUACCUGGGCAGUGACGCCGACGCCCCGAUCACCAAGCUCUCGUACAUGCCAUUCUUCAUCAAGGCCACAUCACUGGCGCUUGCCAAGUACCCGAUCCUGAAUGCCAAGGUCAUCAAUGACGGAGCGCCGAGGCUGCUGUACCGCGCAGCGCACAAUAUCGGCGUGGCCAUGGAUACGCCGGGCGGCCUGAUCGUGCCGAACAUCAAGAACGUGCAGACAAAGUCGCUGAUCGAGAUUGCUGCCGAGCUGCAGCACCUGGUCAACAAGGGCAAGAGCGGCGCCAUCAGCGGCGCUGAUCUGAAGGGCGGCACUUUUACCUUGUCCAAUGUCGGCAUGAUUGGCGGGACAUAUCUAAGCCCGGUUGUCGUCAGCUCGGAGGUCUGCAUCGGCGCCAUCGGCAAGACCCAGCGCCUGCCGCGCUACGAGUCGGUGGUCGAGGACGGUAGGGUCGUGGAGAAGGUCGUGCCCAAGCAUAUUCUUGUUGCCAGCUGGUCCGCCGACCACCGCGUUAUCGACGGCGCCACCAUGGCACGCUACGCAACCCUGUUCAAGCAGCUGAUCGAGCACCCGGAGAUCAUGCUGGCCAACCUCAAGUAA